AUGGCGGCUCCGGUCGGUUCUGUCCGAGUAGUUCCGCCUCCAAGGCUAGAGCACUAUGUAGUGACCGAAAAGCUGGGCCAAGGAACGUACGCAACUGUGUACAAGGCAUUCAAGAAGGUAACGUUUCUGAAAAUUUAAAGUUAAGACGCGUGCAAGUUAUUUUGAAGCUGACGUCACGGCGGCCAUGUUGGUUGAAAGGAACAAAGCUUACUCUCCGAUGGGAACUAGAAUAAUUCUUUUUGAAUGCAAAUGCUGCGGAAAAUAUAUGCAUUGUUUUGCCUACCAGCUUGGUCGCCUUGUAACAUGGUUGGAAGCCAAAAACAGUGGAAAUCGACCGGUUUGUUACAUAAACUGUCAGUAAAAUAAAUAUAAACAACUGAUGAUUUUUACUUGUGAACUGUGAACAAAACAGUGCUUCAAAACGUCAUUUUAAAUGAAAUUCAUUUCAAUACAUUUGAAGGUGGGCUUAUGCCGGGGGCUUUAAAUUAUUGGAUGUAUUUUUUUUGUUUACAGGUAGAUUGUUGGCCCAACAUUGUUGGGAGUUGUUGUGUGUGUAUUUGCAUGUGGCUAAAUGUUUGACUAGUUUCAAACUUUGUUCAACAACUGUCAACAACACGCAAUAACAUCCAACAACAAGGUUGCAAGGGUGUGCAAAUGGAUACAACAUGUAACAUUUAACAACGUUGGGAGAUGUUGACCAACAAUGUUGCGUCUGUUUGCACAUGGCUUUACAUAAUCUUGUUAUUCACAAAAAUAGCAACAAAAUGUGAAAGAGCUGAUAAAAAAUGACUUCAUUUGUUCUGAUCUUUCUAAAGAGACCUUUGAAGACCAAAAAGGUCUGAAACAAGUUAGUAUGGUCUUGAAGCUCAUUAUGAGUACAGAUGACUGCUCCCUUGAAGCGGGCGGCAAAUAAUAUUAUUAUUUCAAAAGUAGGUUGAGUUUGGUUGUCCGGGUGAACGUAGUCCUGAAUAGGACUGUUGUUGUUGACAGUGACAGCUUCAGAGUCAAAGUGAGUUGUAUCACUUUAGAAAGCUGGUUUACUAAGGGAACGUGUCCAAAUAUCGGUAGGGAACCCGAUCAUGGGAAACGGACCCCAUUAAUUUUCCGAUUGAUCGGAAUCAGUACCGAUCUAUAUGCACCAGUUGCCGUUUCCGAUUACGAUAAAAGCUUUGCCGAUUCAAUCGGAGCCGGUUGACAUUCCGAUGUUCAUAUGUGUCAUCGUCAUAUUAUUUUAUCUAAUAUGUAAAAUGAAGCGUGUCACGAACCAAAUAAUGAAAGAGUCGUUUCACUCCAAAAUAAUUUCAAUCGACUGUACCUUUUUCCUACUCCAUAACAAAUAGCAAUAUUGUAUGUUCCUGCAUGUUGUGUUUCGAGUUUGUUGAUUUGAUGCUUGCCUAUACACGUGAUUUUCGGCGUUUUGCAGACGUAUUUCCUUCAGUCGAUCGCAAACACCACGCUGCUCCAUAACAUUUAUUCUAUGAAAAUUAAAAGGAGUUAAAUAUUACGAAGCAAAAAACCACUGUUCUUCGUUGAUAUAUAGCAAACAAAACACCUUACUGAGUAGUGUGUUCUUUACUCGAUACUUUCUAACAAUGCAAUCCAAAAACACAACCGGAACUCACUUUUCCGAAACGCAACUGGAUUCAUAGACUUGUUACAAGUAGACCUCAACGGGUUUCCUAGCGAGCGGAGCGAGAGCAAAACCAUGGAUAAUAUAAAACCACGGGAUAAACUUUUACGAAAAUUUGCGUCUUUCAUUCAACGAUCCUAAACGCAAGGUGUAAUGCGAUCUGAGGCAAAAAAUACUGACCAAUUAGAUUGCGGCCUUAGAUUGUCUCCAGGGAAUUAGCAACAAGAACUGAAAGAUUCCCACACUCGCGAGUCACGGAAGACACGGAACGAAGUUUCAUACAGGAGCUACCAAAGAGAGAAUGGCUUAGCGACUUUGCUGUAUGUUCUGUGAGCUUGAGCAUGGUGCCACGUGAAAUUGCUUUCCACUCUCAGCACUUAGAAAAAUUUGCACUUGACUCUAGGUGGCUGACUUUUUGACAAAAAUCAGAACCUUUUUUACCGGAGUGUUCAACUAAAGCAAACUGUGCAUACAUCCGGUAAGUUCGACUCAAUUUAAUAGCGGAAAGAGAAUCGAGAAAGAGAAAACCAUUUGAACGCCUCCAUCAGUCACUUUUUUGAGUUCAUAUGUAACCAAUAAACAAGUUGCAGCCUGCUUCUCAGACGAUGUCCUCUUCUCUCCUUUGGCAGUUUAGCAGUUAAAGUACACAACAUGGUAACAACAUUUGCAUUUUGGUCGUGGAUGUUCUGACUUCUAUUUUUUUCGUUUACAGCCCUAAACUGUUUAUUCCUCCAAAGAUUCCUAUAAUCAUGCGUUUUGGGUUCCGGUUAGCACAGUCUCAAGCUAUUUUAAAAUUAUCAUUUUGAGAUCGUACACUUGCAAUGUACAUUGCGCCGUCUUUCACUCAAAAGAUGCUCUUCAGCGUUGUUGAAUGACCUGCAGUUUCUUCUCGUGCCCAUUUUGAUACACAAAUUUAAUAUUUUCUGGUCAUACUCUGUCAUAGGAAAUACAAACAAAUGUUCGAAACUGUGACGUUAAAUUUCGGUUCAAACAAGACACAUUUAUAAGAAAGAUAAGGUUAUAAAAAACAACAUUCACGCUUUUGCUUUUGCUUUUGCUUUUGUGACGGGUUAUUUGAGCUGCCAGAUAUUUUUGAUGACCUUUGUUAAUUGGCCCGAUAAAGACUUGAGACCCGUUGCCGAUUCCGUUUCAUUCGGUGCCAAUAAAAUCGGGUCCGACCUUCAACGGAAUCGGAAAAAAUCGGUGCCCAAUUGAUCGGCAUCGGUGUGACCCGAUGCCGAUAUUUGGACGCGUUCCCUAACUUAGAACAAACGCCACUGAAUCGUAGCCAACAGUUACCAGCGCCAUACAAACGACUUAUUGACGAGAUCAAGCAAAACUAACUACGAGAGAAUGACAAUUUGACUAACAAUAGAUGACUGUUUAACUGUGACAAUAGACGGAUUGAAACGCACCAAUUACUGAUUACGAGUCUUCAUAGCCAAUAACAUCACGGCUUAACUGACAGACGACCAAUAAACAUCACGACGUAAUUGACCAAUCAGAUCAAUAACCAGAGUAUAAUACCAUCAACUGACGUGAUACAACUCACUUUGACUCUGAAGAUGACUACCACACAGGUUGUCGAAACGACAGUCACUGUCAACAACAACAGUCCUAUUCAGGAUUACGUUCACCCGGACGAUCAAACUCAACCUACUUUUGAAAUGACUCCUGGGUUCAAACCUUUCAAAAUAUUAUUAUUGUAUGCUGGUUAUGCAGAUUGACUGGUCAGAUGAAUUCUAAUUCCUUUUCUUCUUUCAGGGUAAUAUGAGAGAUGUGGCUGCAAUUAAAUGUAUUCAAAAACGUUCAUUAAGCAAGUCAGCAACAGAAAAUUUACUCACUGAGAUUGAAUUACUGAAAAAAUUAGAUCACGAGCAUAUAGUCAAGCUUAAAGACUUUGAAGUAAGUAAAGUAGCAGCUGUUACAAAAACUGUACAUGUAAAUGUUGUUUGUUUCUUAAAAAUACAUUAUUUUUUCCUAUUAAUUAAGAAGAGAUCAUAAUUCCAGAGCUUACAGUUUUCAAAGAGAUCAGGUUUAUACUCAGGUUUAUAAGUUAUGGAUGGAUGGAAUGUUCUGUCUCAAAAUUUGGUUGGCUCUUAAUUGGGGGCAGUUUGCAUCAGCAAAUGAACAUAAUAGGAGCAAAAAAUGCUCAUCACACAUUGCCAGCACAAUUAAAAAAAGAUGUGUAUGGAACACAAAAGAAUCAGUCAUUAUAUUUAAGCUCCUUGAUCAGUCUUGUCUGUUGCAAGUGUUUACAUGACAGUGUUAUAAAAAAGUAGACACUACCCUGUACAUGUGUCUGGGUUUUCAUAAAGUUCUGUUACAGUGUGGUUCAUUUUUUUUAAUAUUUACAGUAACGAUCGACAAUUUUAUGCAUGAAUGUUGUUCCAAUCUUUUUCUCUAUACAUAUGAUAUUAAAAUGGUUGGUACAUGUACAUUUGAAAUAUUAGGGAGCUUAAGCUGUGAUGACGGUGACGGCAACAAGAGCGGCAAAAAAAGCAGCAGGAUUUUAGCAAAAUAAUAAGUUCUUUGCACAAGCGUCAUGCUUUUUUGUACAUAUUCUGCAUGACUAUGACGUGCAAAUGCCUAAUUUCACAUUUUCGGCAUAACACAAGAAAACAGCUUUAUUUUUCUUUCCCUGAACUUCAAUACAGUCUUAUAGAAUUCAAUUCCAGAAAAAUUUGCUAACAGUUGAAAAAAAAAAAAAAUUGAAAAAAUUGAGUGAACACAGUAAAGUUUGAAGCAGCACAAAUUCACAUAUAAUGGCAUUUCCAUAACCUUCGCCAUUGUUGUUGAUUAAGCUCCCUAUUAUUUACAUAACUUCUGCUCUUACUAUUAGCUUUAACCCAUUUACCUCCUUUCCCAGGUGUAUGUAUUACUUUUUUAUAAACAGUUUGUUGUUACAGGUCUUCUUGUGUCUUUUUUGUUCCCUUAGUGGAAUGAUGAAUAUAUUUUCCUCAUCAUGGAAUACUGUAGUGGAGGAGACUUGUCAAGGUUUAUUCACAGUAGAAGAGGCUUACCAGAGGCAAUCGCUAGACGAUUCUUACGACAAUUAGGUUAGGCAAUCUGAAUGUGCCUUCAUUCAACAUUGGUGUAAUGUUAUAUAGCUGGAAUAUAACCGUUUCCCCCAACAACGCACAUACUCCCUGGCUACUACAAAUUCAUAUGGCAUAUAACAAAAAGGAUUUUCCCACCAAAAUUGUCUAAGUGAACAACAUUGCAAAUCUAUGAGGUUAGAGGGUAAGAGCUACUUUGUAGUGCAAUUAUUGUUACCCAUCAAAGUUAUUUGACUGCUACCCAAGGAGCGAGAUUCACCAAAAUCUGGGCACAAGAUACAGGGUUUUUUUGCGUGUCUGUUUGGAGUUCAGGAAAUCAUCACCACUCAACAAGUAUGUUCCAACAGCUAAAGGGAGCUGAACCAAAUAAUUAUGUGAGCGUUCAGCGGUGUCUCAUAUUGGUAUCUGGCCACCUCCCCAUCAAACCAUCUUUCCACUAACCAUUGUUUUGAACUUUGAUGGCUGUGAAACUUUUCUGCCAUUUUUUAAUCUCCCAAAUGCCAAAGUUUACAUUCUCCAAACCUAUACGUGUAUCCUUACUAUUUGCAUUACCAAGAGCAUAACACAUUUGAUGCAAGGAUCAUCAAUAAGGAUCGACAGACUUGUAUUUGGGUUGACUUUAAAUUCGAAAAAGCUUGACAAAAAAGUAAAAAUCCUAGGUAAAUAAUCUUAGGUGAGUCGACUUCUUGGUGUCGAUUUUAUUGGUGGUGAGAUGAUCAUAAACCCUCAUAUCAAAGUAAAUAAACUAUGGAGUGACCUGGUCAAACUACCAAGUAAUCAACAGAUGAGAAAUGCAGCAAUGUGGUUUGAGGACCCUCCCUCCAUAUCCUGAUCCAUAAAGCUUUUAGAAAAAUGCUUGUCUUCUUUUCAGCCCUUGCUCUUCAGUUUUUACGUGCAAAUAAUAUUGCUCAUAUGGAUCUGAAACCGCAAAAUCUGCUUCUAUCAGCAAGAGAAAAUCCAGUACUGAAAUUGGCAGGUAUGAAUUUUAACACUGAUCAACCAUUUUCUAUCAAAGCCUAUGCCUUUUUGGGGUUAGAUUUGUAAUUUGUCCAUUAUAUGAUACGCAGGGGCGUAGUGUCCAUAUACGCACGUACACCCGUGCGUACAGCUGGGAUCUGAGAAAAACAUUUUUUCUCAUUAAAUUUGCUGGCUAAUAAUUUCAUAUUUUCACAUUAUACUGGCUUUUUUAUUAGAAUUCCCAUUAUCCAAGCAUCAAUCAUUCAGUGCUGGCCACUAAUAAUGGCAAAAUGCAUUUGAGUGGUAAGCAAAAAUAGGAAAAACGCCUCAUGUACCCCUCCCUCAAGGUCAGCCAGCCUCACCAGUUUUCCCAGCCCCGCAGGUAUUCUUGAAGGAGAGGUUACUAUGCCAUGACGUGUGGCUUCAGAACAAAACGUAUUUGCCGUCAACGGAUAUUAGGAAUAUACUUGUGAGGCCAAACAGUGAAGCCCCCGUGAUUGAUUUUCCGAAGAAACUUUUAGAGAAUCCUAUGAAUAUUUCUGCGUCUUGAGGAGCGUGAUCACUGGCUUCUGUAGUGUUUUCGUGUGUUUCGUGAGACAAAGUACACACAUAUGGUUUGCCCGUUUUAAGGGUCGACGCCUCGCCCUUUGCUUGUGACCUGUCUUCAUUGUUUUUGGACAACUUUCUACUGCAUUUUUGCCGCAUUAUUUAUUGAAAAUGCCCCGCAGAAACACCAGGAGAUGGCAUUUCCGAGACCCUAAAUUUCAAAAUUUUCUGGGGGAGCAUGCCCCCAGACCCCCCUAGAUGUAAGUGCCUUCGCCGCUUACAAAAAAUUUAUUCUCGUGCGUACAUCUUCAAAAUCCCACGCUACGCCCCUGAUACGUAUCGAUCUAAUUUCAUUCUUUGCCCUUUUUUAUUAGCAGUCUAGUAGUCCUGAAUUAAUUUGCUCAGAUUCUCAAAAUAAUAAUAUUAUUCCUGUCCUUAGAGGGAUAAAACUGUCCAUGUAAAAGUUAAAUAAUGCAUGAGUGUUACAUUGUAUCUCUAUAAUACCAAUUUUACAACGGGAAAUUUCUUCUCAUACUUAGCUCACAGAUCCUUCCACAGUUUUUCUCAACUUUCGACAUAGACCAGUAAAUAGCAAAAAUCCUGCGACAAAUUGCCAAGUUUGAUAGUGAUUUUUUGUAAAAGAAGCAAGAAAAAUUUUACAGACGUUUCUAUUGUGGGGAGCACCCACUCAGCCGGCCUCCUUACAAAAGUCUGUAAAAUUUCAUGACUUUGGGGAGGUAUAUAAAAAAAGAAAACUGUUUUUUGCUCGGCAGUAAAUAUACUUUUGCUGUAAUAGACUUUGUGGCUUAGUAAGGCUGGUAUUUUUUGGACAGAUUUUGGUUUUGCCAAGUACUUACAUAGUGAAGAAGAGACGCAUACGAUGAGGGGAUCUCCUCUGUACAUGGUAAGGAUUCAAUUCAGUUUUUAUGGUGGUUUUGACCCAAAUUGUUUGUAUGCAGUCGAUUCGCUUCCAGUUUUAAGUCGAUUUGUACCCAUUUUUUUUUAUUUGCGUAUAACAACAGAAUGCAUUACUUUUGCGUUAGUUUUCGUGCGUUGAAAGAUUUGUUUUGAGAAGUCAGGUAUAUACAUGUCGCAUAGAAAGCUAUUGUUUAGCAUGUUUGGGUACGAAUCCAUUAAAAAUUGGAUAUAAUAAUUAUGAUGGACUGGUUAUUGAUAAGGUCUUGUACAUGUAUUAUUAAUGUUUCUUUGCUCGUUACUUUGUUUGAAUCUAAUCUUGUUAACAUUUUUUUGUUAGUUAGCCUGUUCGUACCAUGUUAAUCUAUUUUUCCCAGUUAUUAUCUUUUCUUC